AUGAAAAGAGCUGUAAACAAUGUGCUGAACAAACUCCAUCAUGCAUGCGUGGCACACACGCUAAAUUUAUCUGUGAACGAUGUCAUCAAGCAAUCUCCCGAGCUUUCCAAUAUUCUUGCUAAGUGCCGAAGUAUUGUGGGUCAUUUCAAACAUAGUGUACCGGCGUCAAAUAAACUACACCAAAAGCAGGAAGAAAUGGGUCUACCAGCUUUAAAACUGAAACAGGACAUAAAUACAAGAUGGAAUUCGGCUUUCAUCAUGCUACAAAGGCUGUUGGAGAUAAAACAGCCAUUAUCUGUAGCACUUGUCGAAUUAUCAUCUAACACUACACCUGUUAAGUUGUCUGGAGCGGAAUGGAGUAUUAUAUCGGACUGCACAAUAGUCUUAAAGCCACUAGUGCGUAUUACAGAAGAGUUAUCGGCGGAACAAUAUCUGACCAUGUCUAAAAUAGUGCCGCUUGUAAGAGGACUACAGAAUAAGCUACGCAUUCUUCCAAUUAUGACCCCAAUUGGUACAGAGCUGAAAGCACAUCUUUUGGAUGUAAUUACACGAAGACUAUCUGGAUUGGAAGGUACAAAGUUAGUAGCUAAAGCCACAUUCUUGGAUCCGCGUUUUAAGAAACCUGGGUUUAGCAACGUAGAAAAUGCGGACCGUGCACAGGAGUGGAUAACUGAAGAAAUGGCAGCAUUAAUAAGUAAAACUCAAGAAAACUUAAACCGUAAUACAUCUAAUAACAUUUCUUCUCUAGUAUUAGAAGCGACUGACGAAGAUGAUCCCUGGCUGCAUUUCGACCAAAAAGCUAUGAAUCUAGUAUCUUCUUCACGGCCUUCUUCAUCAGCUGUGAUAAUGGUGAAGCAAUAUGUCGAGUCCCCGUUACUACCACGCAAAGAAAAUCCAUUACUAUCUUGGGAGACACAUGAAAAAAUAUUUCCCGAAUUAGCAAAACUAGCUAUGAAGUACAGAGAGGCUUUUUUCCAAGACUACUAA